AUACAUGGAAAAGGUCUGACACCAAAAGAUGGCUGAGAGAGAAAUGCAAUGACAGCGGGGGUUUACCGCAUUUGACAGCGGCAUUUUCACCAACCGCAUGACUGGCCUUAUGUAUAUGUAUAUGUAUGUGUGCUCUCCCCCCUACUUUUUGUGCACACAUGAAGCAUUACGGGUGCAGUAAAGUAAAAUUUUACUCGCACCCUGAUCAUUCUUUUUUAAAUUGCACAACCACUCUUUAUGAUCAUUUUGUUUGCAAUUUACUGAAAAAAUGCAAAUACAUUCCUUGCAUUUGUUCGCAUGACCCACUCUCAUUGUAUUUAUUUUACACUUUGCUUGAUGCAUAUAGGUAGUGCCCCAAAUAACUGUUGCCAAGCGCCAACCUUUACAACUUCCCUUAUUUUUUAUUUUUAUACAUUAUCAUUUUAAACACUUUAUUUAUUAAACCAUGGACAAGCAUAUGAGCUACUUGCAGAAGCACCCGGCCAUUACCAGGUCUCGCGUGAACAAUUUUAUGAGUGACAACCAGUGGAAGGACGUCAAUAUCCAGGCCACUCUCUACGACAUGUGCAUAAGCGGAGAGCCGCAUAUCAAGCUCGAGGUGUGGUCGGCCCCCGGCCAGGAUCGCCCAUCGUUUGAGCAUGCUGUCAAGCAGGAGUUCCGACCUGCAAAAGUGGGCCAGUCAUUUGGACCGUCAUGGACCACACACUGGUUUCGAGUAACAGCCAAAGUGCCCGCCUCGUUUGUCGGUAAGCCAGCGCAGUUUUUGAUAGACACCAAUAGCGAAGCCAUGGUUUGGUCAGCAGCUGGCGAGCCAAUCAUUGGGUUAACCGGAGGUGGCGGCGUCGAGCGGCACAUUGACUAUCUUCUAACACCUUGCGCUACAGAACAUGAGGAACCACUCUUGUUUUACGUUGAAAUGGCCUGUAACGGCUUGUUUGGAAAUGGUGACUACCACAAGCACCCACAGGACCGCGACAUCUACUAUCGUUUGAACAGUGCCAACAUUGUGGCGCCUAACAAGGACGCAUGGGCACUCUUCCACGACAUGGAGGUAAUCAGUGAGAUGGCGAAUCACUUGUCGCAGGACUCGCCGCGGUCCUGGCAAGCGCUCACUGCGGCGAACGACAUUGUCAAUGUCUUUGAGUACUCUGAUUUAUCAACCAUAGCGCCUGCGAAAAAGAUUGCCGAGGCGUUUUUAGAUAUCCAGGGCAGCUCGGCUAACCACCGCGUGUACGCCAUUGGUAACUGCCAUAUUGACACCGCAUGGCUGUGGCCGUAUGCUGAAACUAAGCGCAAGUCCGCGCGCAGCUGGGCGACACAGCUCUAUCUGAUGGACAGCUACCCUGAGUACCGUUUUGCAGCGUCUCAGGCACAGCAGUUUGAGUGGCUUCACGAAAACUACCCAUCAUUGUUUGAGCGCAUCAAGGAGAAGACCAAAACAGGGCAGUUUAUCCCAAUUGGUGGUACCUGGGUCGAAAUGGACUGCAAUAUUCCCAGCGGCGAAUCACUUGUGCGCCAGUUCCUCCUCGGCCAGCGCUUCUUUAAACAGCACUUUGGCGAAUACUGCAACGUCUUCUGGCUUCCAGACACCUUUGGCUACUCGUCGCAGCUGCCGCAGAUUAUAAAACAGGCAGGCGCAAAAUAUUUUUUUACACAGAAGCUGUCAUGGAACAACAUCAACAAGUUCCCGCAUACAACGUUCCAAUGGGUCGGGUUGGACGGCAGCCACGUGCUGACGCACAUGGCGCCCGCCGAGACAUACGGGGCCCAAUGUCGCCCGGGCGAACUGAUUGACAGCGUCAAGCGCCACAAAGAUAUUGCGUACACCAACGAGAGUCUGUAUCUAUUUGGCAAUGGAGACGGCGGUGGUGGUCCCCUGCGGUCCAUGCUCGAGCGGCUGCGCCGAAUGAAAGACGUCGAUGGUCUUCCCAAGGUCAAGCAGGCGCACCCGCAAGAGUUUUAUGUGCACGUUGAGGAAAACUCUAAGCAGCUAGUGACAUGGAAGGGUGAACUGUAUUUUGAGCUCCACCGUGGCACGUACACGUCUCAAUCCAAUAAUAAGCUGUGGAACCGCCAGUCCGAGUUCAAGCUUAGAGAUGCGGAAAUGCUCUGCACAAUUGCACACAUGAGACCGCACUGCAGAGACAAGUUUGAGUACCCAAUAGACGAGUUUGUGCGGUUGUGGAAGUUGGUUUGUCUGAACCAGUUCCAUGACGUAGUUCCCGGGUCAUCUAUUAACAUGGUAUAUCGGGACAGUGAUAAGAUGUACCGAGACAUUUUCGAGACUGUUUCCAAAAUCCGCGACCGUGCUGUAGUCAGCAUCUAUGGCGGUGCUGUCACUAAUCAGAUGGGUCAGGCAACUAGUUUGGCUGUGUUUAACACGACCGGUUGGAUGCGCACGGAUAUUGUCACAGUUCCCGAACCCCUUGUCCCACUGUUUUUCUGUGAAAACAGCCCUGUAUCUGAGCAUGUGCAGGUGUCUGAACUAGAUGGUUCAGUAUUUGUACUUGCUCCCAAUGUGCCCGGAUUUGGAUCGCGGGUUAUCACACCGCAUGGCACAUCGCACGCCGAGUACAUCCAGCCAAUGCAGGUCUAUGAGUGUUCUAAUGGGGAAGGGUUUGUUCUAGAAAAUCAUUUUGUGCGCGUGGUUGUUGACAAAAGCGGCCGCAUUGUUAACUACUAUGACCACAGCGAGCGCCGUGAACUGGUUCCUGAGGGCGCGGCAGGCAACGUUUUUGAGCUCUACGAUGAUGUGCCGCUGUUCUGGGACGCCUGGGAUAUUGAGAUUUAUGCACUGGAAAAGUACCGAACGCUUGAUGGUGUCAGCGUCAUGAUAGCCGACAAAGGGCCUUUGGUUGCUUCUUUGUCCGUGCGCAUUCCCAUUAGUCACAAGAGUGUGUUGACGCAAACCAUAUCGCUAUCAGCUAUAUCUCCUCGCCUGGACUUUGACUGCAACUUGGAGUGGCACGAAAGCCGCAAGUGCCUCAAGACAUCGUUUACCUGGGACAUUACCAGCGACUUUGCCACUUAUGAGACACAGUUUGGCGUUGUACAGCGGCCGACACAUCGCAACACAUCCUGGGAUAUGGCAAAGUUUGAAGUAUGCGCGCACAAAUUUGCUGACUUGUCGGAAUAUGGCUAUGGAGUUACUCUGCUCAACGACUGCAAGUAUGGCUACUCUACACUGGGUAACACUAUGUCACUUUCGCUUAUUCGUGCUCCAAAGGCACCUGAUGAGUUCUGUGACAUGGGGCAUCAUAAGUUUUGCUAUGCCGUUUACCCGCACAAGGGUACCUUCAGCGAGUCUAACGUGGUCCAAGAGGCAUACCAGUUUAAUAUUCCGCUUGUACAUUUGCCGCUAGAUUCUGAAUCCACGAGUUGCGCUGAUGCACCGCCGUUCUUCUCGCUGACAGGUGCGCCUAACGUGGUUUUGGACACUGUCAAGGUUGCUGAGGAUGAUAAGAACAGCUAUAUUGUGCGCAUGUAUGAGGCAUACGGUGGCCGUGGCCAUGCUUUGCUGACGUCGCGACUACCAGCCACAAGUGUUUGCAAGGUUAACUUGUUGGAAAAGCCAGUUGGUUCUAAUUUGCAAUGGUUGCCGCAUUCAAAAACUGUUGAAGUGCAGCUCAAACCAUUUGAGGUUGUUUCCUUGAAAUUCUCAAUUUAA